CCGUCGCUCGCGCAGGGGCGGUGGGUCGGGCGGCGCCGCCAGCUCUGCGGCUUGCUCACGGUGGGCGAGGCGCGGUAGGCGGUGUUGCAGGCCGGCGCAGCUGGUUUGGAUUGCGGGAGGCAGGCGGGGGAGGAGCGCCGCAGGCGGGCGGGGCCGGCCGGGUGGCCGGGCCCUGCUGGGCGCAGAGCUGGGAAAGCUCUGCUGAGACCCGGCUCUGCGCGCCCGGGCGCGGCUGAUGCCCCCCGCGCUCCCCACUCUGCUACCACGGCACAGCUGCAUCUGGACUGGCGGAGCCGACAUCAGGCCACCAUGCUGCUUGGGGCAUCUCUAGUGGGGGUGCUGCUGUUCUCCAGGCUGGUGCUGAAACUGCCCUGGACCCACGUGGGAUUCUCCCUUCUGUUCCUCUACCUGGGGUCGGGCGGCUGGCGCUUCGUCCGAAUCUUCAUCAAGACCGUCAGGCGUGAUGUCUUCGGCGGCAUGGUGCUCUUGAAGGUGAAGGCCAAGGUCCGCCGGUACCUGCAGGAGCGGCGCACGGUGCCCGUGUUAUUCGCUGCCACUGUCCAGCGCCACCCCGACAAGACAGCCCUGAUCUUUGAGGGCACAGACACACGUUGGACCUUCCGCCAGCUGGAUGACUACUCGAGCAGCGUGGCCAACUUCCUGCAGGCGCGGGGCCUGGCCUCGGGCGACGUGGCUGCCCUUCUCAUGGAAAACUGUAAUGAGUUCGUGGGCCUGUGGCUGGGCAUGGCCAAGCUGGGCGUGGAGGCAGCGCUCAUCAACACCAACCUGCGGCGGGACGCCCUGCGCCACUGCCUGACCUCCUCCCGCGCCCGGGCCCUCAUCUUUGGCAGCGAGAUGGCCCCAGCCGUGCUAGAGAUCCAUGCCAGCCUGGACCCCUCGCUCAGCCUCUUCUGCUCCGGUCCCUGGGAGCCCAGCGCAGUGCCCGCCGGCACGGAGCACCUGGACCCCCUGCUGGAAGAUGCCCCCAAGCACCUGCCCAGCCGCCCCAACAAGGGCUUUGUAGAUAAGCUCUUCUACAUCUACACGUCCGGCACCACGGGGCUGCCCAAAGCUGCCAUCGUGGUGCACAGCAGGUAUUACCGCAUGGCUGCCCUGGUGUACUACGGAUUCCGCAUGCGGCCGGAUGACGUCCUCUAUGACUGCCUACCCCUCUACCACACGGCAGGCAACAUCGUGGGCGUCGGGCAGUGCCUGCUCCACGGCCUGACGGUGGUCAUCCGGAAGAAGUUCUCCGCUUCUCGGUUCUGGGACGAUUGCGUCAAGUACAACUGCACGAUCGUGCAGUACAUUGGCGAGCUGUGCAGAUACCUCCUCAACCAGCCACCCCGGGAGGCGGAAAAGCAGCACCGGGUGCGCAUGGCACUUGGCAAUGGCCUCCGGCAGUCCAUCUGGACCAGCUUUUCCAGCCGCUUCCACAUCCCCCAGGUGGCCGAGUUCUAUGGGGCCACUGAGUGCAACUGCAGCCUGGGCAACUUUGACGGCCAGGUGGGGGCGUGUGGCUUCAACAGCCGCAUCCUGUCCUUUGUGUACCCCAUCCGGCUGGUCCGUGUCAAUGAGGACACUAUGGAGCUGAUCCGGGGACCCGACGGCGUUUGCCUUCCUUGCCAGCCAGGUGAGCCAGGCCAGCUGGUGGGCACCAUCGUCCAGAAGGACCCCCUGCGGCGCUUCGACGGCUACCUCAACCAGGGCGCCAACAAUAAAAAGAUCGCCAAGGAUGUCUUCAAGAAGGGGGACCAGGCCUACCUCACUGGCGACGUGCUGGUGAUGGACGAGCUGGGCUACCUGUACUUCCGGGACCGCACGGGGGACACGUUCCGCUGGAAAGGCGAGAACGUGUCCACCACCGAGGUGGAGGGCACGCUCAGCCGCCUGCUGGACAUGGCCGACGUGGCCGUGUAUGGUGUGGAGGUGCCAGGAACCGAGGGUCGGGCUGGCAUGGCCGCUGUGGCCAACCCCACUGGCAGCUGCGACCUGGAGCGCCUUGCCCAGCUCCUGGAGAAGGAGCUGCCCCUGUACGCGCGCCCCAUCUUCCUGCGCCUUCUGCCUGAGCUGCAUAAAACAGGGACUUUCAAGCUUCAGAAGACAGACCUGCGGAAAGAGGGCUUUGACCCAGCAGUCGUGAAAGACCCGCUGUUCUACCUGGAUGCCCGGAAGGGCCGCUAUGUCCUGCUGGACCGAGAGGCCUACACCCUCAUCCAGGCCGGUGAGGUGAAGCUGUGAUUUGCCCCAAGUCCCUCUGAGGGCCAACGGAUGCUGGAUCCAGAGCCCCAGCUCCCAGCCCAGAGGGUCCUGGGCGAAGCCAGACCAAAGCAAGCAGGGCCCGGCACUGUGACCCCGAGGUGCCGACCCCCGCACCCAAACUGCCAAGAGCCUCACUGCCACCUCCCCCUUUCCCCGGGGCUUUCUGUGAAAGCCUCAUGUCCACGUUCUGUCUUGGAGGCCAUGCAGAGCCUCUGGCCCCAGGCUGAGACUGAGACCGGGCCCCUCAGGGUGAUGUCUUGGGUCAGAGCAGAGGGGAGCAGAGAGUCACCAAGCACUCCACGGAGAACAGGCAGCUUGUAAAUGGGACCGGGGCGGAAGCCCCCAGACUCAGGAAGCCAGUGGAGUGGGCAGGGGCAGUGGUGGCCGCCGAGCGGGUGUCUAAAGGGGAUCCAGGCCCUGGAGCUGAUCGAGUGUCACUCAGCCCUGCCUGUCCCUCCCUGAGAGCAGGAGGAGCACUGGAGCUGCAGGCGGAGGCCUGGCAGGAGCACCCCUCCCCCCCCUCCCCUCCCCUCCCCUCCCUUCCCUUCCCCUCUCAGGUGGCUGCCUGGCUGCCCCUCGGGCAGGGCCGUUCUGUCUUUGUGGGUUUGUCCCGGUCACCUGCUCCAUCUCCCCCUAGCUAUGAGAGGAGAAGGGGUAGGGGGCGCUCAGGAGCCAAUAAAUUCUGCCUUGACUCCCCCAA